GGGCUCAAUCCCAGGACUGUGAGAUCAUGACCUGAGCCAAAAUCCAAGAGUUAGCCAGCCGCUCAUCUGAAUGAGUCACCCAGGCGCCCCUGACAUUCCGCUUUGUACUUUGAUCAAGGAUAUUUAUCACAAACUUAGUAACACGCACUCUUCACUGGCACAAGCACAAUUUCUUCUUUCUUCAGAUACCCUUCAGGCGUCUUCAUGCACUCGUAAGUCCGGUUUUUCCUCAUUUUUUUUUCUUUUGAAUGCAGUGCUCAAUCCUACCUCUUGGUUUCAUCCUCCUCUCCUAGAUAUGUAAAAGCUUGCUCCAUGUUUCAAGGCCUGGCUCUGCCCUUGCCUCUUCCCUUAAAGGUUUCCCUGCUGUUGUCCACAUAGCUCUUUUCUUUCUCUGAACUACGGGGAAGGUUUCAACUGGAACCUCUCUGUGAAGGAUAGAAGGCGAACAGCAACAACAGCAGCAAAAACAAUGUGUGCUUCUUCACCAAUGAAAUUAAAAACUACUCAAGAUCAGAAAUCAUAUUUAGUCUUCCUAUGGUGUAUUCUUACCAAAUUCCCUGAGAAACUAGUCCGUGCUUAUUUCAUCGUUUCUAUUCAUUCCUAGAAGCAGGCAACCAUAUUUGGGAAUGACAAGUUUAUGCUUGGAAACACAAAACAGAGUAUAAACGGUUAAAGACCCCAGGGGCCUAGAGGAUGGACUUUUCCAAGGUAGAAAGUGGUCCUGGAGCAGUGGCUUACAGUGAGAAAUCAGAGACUGCCACUCUUGAAGAAGGCUAUGGUUGGCAAAUUCCCAUUGAUCACAAUGCCUUCACAGUUUUAAAAAAUAAUGAGAGUCAGCUGUGUGAAGUCCUUCAGAAUAAAUUUGACUGUAUCUGUACCCUCAUCUCUCCGUCCCCGGAAGGUAACAGUGAGUCUCUGCAAGUCUUCAGACAAAUGCUCAUUCCUGGGUUGGAGUUAUCUGUUUGGAGGGAUGACCUCACCAGACACACUGUUGAUGCUGUGGUGAACGCAGCCAAUGAAGAACUUAUUCACGCGGGAGGCCUGGCCCAGGCCCUGGUGAAUGCUGGAGGCCCUGAAAUCCAAGAGGAGAGCCGAAGGUUUAUUUCCAGAUUUGGUAAUAUACCAACUGGUAACAUAGUUAUCACAAGAGCAGGGAGACUUCCCUGCAAGUUAAUUAUCCAUGCUGUUGGGCCCCGGUGGGUGGCAAAAGAUCGUCAGAGAUGUAUCUGUAAGCUGCAGAAGGCCAUUAGAAAUAUUCUGAACUAUGUCACCCUUCCCGAGUCAGACGUUGAGACAGUAGCGAUUCCAGCCCUGAGCUCUGGGAUUUUCCAGUUCCCUCUGGACUUGUGUACACAGACCAUUGUGGAAACUAUCAGUUUUUAUUUCCAAAGGAAGCAACUGGCUGGUAAUUUGAAAGAAAUUCACCUGGUAAGCAAUGAGUACCCUACUGUUGUUGCCUUUAAAAAUGCUUCAGAAGUAAUCCUAGGGGUGAACAAGCCAGGAUCCCGGGUGAAUCAAGAAGCCACCCCACCUGUCAACACGAUUAUUGUAAACAAUUUGACUCUCCAGAUUGUCCAGGGCUACAUUGAACAGCAGGAGACAGAUGUAAUUGUUAAUUCUGUAAAGCCACUGUAUGGUCUUAAGUUCGGACCUGUUUCGACAUCAAUUCUACAACAAGCAGGAGAAGAAAUAGAAUUGGAAUUUAACCAAAAAAUUACUGAGAUACCUCAAGAGUCUCAGUUGGUACUGAUCACAAAAGGAUUUAAAUUGUCCUGUCAAUAUGUAUACCAUGUGUUAUGGCAUUUAAGAUACCCCAAACUGACAACAACACUGGGAAUGGCAGUGAAUGAAUGUUUGCAGAAAUGCCUUGAAUUAAAUAACACUUCCAUUUCCUUUCCUGCCCUUGGGACUGGAAGCAUAUGGAUGAAUAUAGCAGCUAAGAUUAUGUUUAAUGAAGUUUUAAAGUUUGCCAAAUGCCAUUUGAAAAAACAAUUAACCGUAAAGUUUGUGAUCUUUCCAGAAGAACUGGAGGUCUAUAAUGCUUUCAGUGCUGAAAUGGCAAAGAGUAAGUCCAGGCUACGGGGUUUCAAUAAUUACAGUGCCCCCCAGUUGACCAGAGAGGAGAAAAGAGAAAAUGGGCUCAAAAGUAAAUCUCCUGCCAUCACCCUGAUGGGACGCAACAUGGAAAAGAUGAAGGAGGCCCAAGCGUGGAUCCGAAGGAUACUGACCCUCCAGGAUCACCACAUCAUUGAGAACUAUCAUAUACUCUACCUUGGAAAAAGGGAGCAUGACAUUUUGACUCAGCUUCAGAAUAAUUUAAGGGUCUCUAUCUCAGAGAUUAUCAGUCUGGAAAAGGUAAUUUUAGAGAUUAAAGGAGCCCAGGCUAGCCUCGUUGAGGUGGUUAUGAACAUUGAACAUAUGCUGUGUGAAGUUCAAGAGGAAAUGGCAAGAAAAAAGGAGCUAGCCCUUUGGAGCUUGUCAGGACAAUGGACUGAUUGGCAACCAAAAAACCAGGAUGAAAUGAAAAGGAGUACAUUUCUGAAAUGCCUAAAGCUUUCAACUGAGGAAAUUCAGAAUCAGAAGAAACAGUUUGAAAGCUGUGGUUUGCAGGUUAUAAAGGUGGAGGAAAUUGACAAUGUGUUUCUCAUGGCUGUCUUCCAAAGAAAGAAGAAAAUGGUGGAAGAAAGAAUACAUAGGGAUCCUGUGAGCCACAGGUUGUUUCAGCAAGUUCCUUACCAGUUCUGUGAAGCAGUAUGCAGAGUUGGCUUUCAAAGAAUGUACUCGAUGCCCUGUGACCCAAAAUAUGGAGUUGGUAUAUACUUCACCAAGAAUCUGAAAAACCUAGCAUACCAAGUCAAGAAUACAUCUGCCACAGAUGAACUGAUCUAUGUGUUUGAAGCUGAAGUACUCACAGGCUCCUUCUGUCAGGGUCAUCAUUUAAAUAUUUUCCCCCCACCGUUGAGUCCUGGAGAUAUAGAUAGCCAUGACAGCGUGGUUGACAAUGUCUCCAACCCUGAAACCUUUGUUAUUUUUAGUGGCACACAGGCUAUGCCUCGAUAUUUGUGGACUUGCACCCAGGAUCAUGUACAACCACAGAAUGACUCAGCAGGACCAAUGAUGCUAUCUUCACAGCAGCCUUGGGAAAGAUUCUCAAGUGGUAGCUCUGUUGAUUAACCUCUGUUGAUUAACCUCCACAUCAUUUUGACAACUGGCAUGUCCUUACUUUGGAGGAACUAUCCAAAUAAUGACCAUCAGUAAGUCAGAGUGGCUUGAAUAUAUCAAAUGGGUUGUCCAUGUGGACUGAUUGUGUUAUUCAGGGGACCCACCACAUCCUCACAUCUUAGUUCUUUCAUCUUUGUCUUCAUCUCUUGGGAUUGAGGUGGAUAGAUCCCAACUAAAACACUCUCAGGACCAUUCCCUCUCCUUCAGGUUGUCCUUUCACCUCUUUUACUAUAGGUAACAGCAAAAAUGUUUUACAUGUAAUGAAGGGAUUUUUCUAGCAUACAAUCCAAGCCUUUUUAGUUUCUAAAAUGGAUAGUGUAAUAGCAGGAUGCUUUUGCAUUUUCCAGAUAAUCUUAUAUAGUGUUUUAGAUAUCAAAAUAAAUCACCUUUGUCUGAGUAACUGGCUUUGAAAAGUUAUAUGUAAAAUGACAUUAUUCGAAGUGGAAGGACAUCAAAAGGCUGAUAUUCUACUGAUAUCAUAGUUGGAUUCAGCCAUAUCAAGCAAUGCCAUUCAAGCAUCAUGAGGCCAAAUGAUUAAUUCACCAAAUAUUUCUUGAUCAUCAGAUGUGUUUCAUUUUUCUGGAUACUGGGGACAUGAUGCCAGACAAGGCAAAUAUCUUCAGGCAGCUGGCAGCCUGAAUAAUCAGAAAUGCAGCUAUAUGAUUGAGUAUAAUAAAAGAGGAUUUACAGAUUCUUUGGAAAAAUUUAAGAGGGAGAGGAAUAAAUUAAUCAGGGGUUGGGAGGAAGGCCUUCUAAAGAAAGUGAAACUCAAGAUGAAACCUGAAGUAUUUGUAAGAGGUAGGUGAAAGAGGGAUGUAGCAAAUCAGGAGCAGAGAUGGAAGAAUACUUUAUGCACAGAGAAAAGCUCUUACCAAGGCUGAAUCCACUGUGACUUUGCCCAAAUUUGACUUCAGAGUUCUGUAAUGUAAAGGCCAGCUAAUCUCACCAUUUAUCUCUUGCCUAUUCUGAAAUCUGUAUUUCCCUAUGCUUCCAAAAUUUCCUCACCCUCAUAUCCUUACACAGAACACUUCUUCCUC